AUGCGAGGCGUUGACGCCUCUCUGAAUAAUCCCGAGUUUCAAAUCCAAAACGAAGAUUUUCCGGCGUUACCAGGUGCUUCUCCAAGCGACCAUCCCGCCCAAGCACCAUCAUCACUCAUGACUGCUGCGAACGAUAUGCCGGUGUCGUCAACGGCGGCUGCUAGUGAUCCAUUCGGUGUCCGUCCAGCUGGUGAACCAGCAAGGGGUAUCAUAACCCAUCCCGAUGGAGAAGUGUCGAACAUUCCUCCAACGAUGCUAGCCGAUCAGUUUGGCAUGGCAGGACUCGUCACCUACCUGCGGACUGUUGACAACCCGUCCAUAGUGUCACUAGCUCUCGGCUACGAUCUCACUACCCUUGGACUUAACCUGAAUUUGUCUGAACGACAUCUAUACACCUCCUUCGGUGGUCCCUGGGCUGACAAUCCGAUUCGGCCGCACGAGCUGGACGUGAAAGUACCCGAUGACUACUUGACAAAUGCUCAAAUUCGGGAAAAGCUGCCUCCGGUAAAGUUAAACAAGUUGUCAGAGGACGUAUUGUUUUACUUGUUUUACAAUUGUCCAGGCGAGGUCUAUCAAUUAGCGGCUGCUUGCGAGUUAGCAAACUGGGUCGCUUAUCGAGAAGGCAGACAAUACAACGUGUUCGAUCCAUUGCAAUGGCGAAAGAUCCCCAAAGAGCUAAAAUUGGAAUACAAAGAGCUGGAAGAGCGGCCGAAACUGCCGGCGAUGUUCGGUGGUGGUAGCGGAGCGACAGCACCAUCGAUGGGCGCGUCAGCGCCUCGUCCGGCGUCGUAG